CCCUCCUACUCCCUGCCACUGAUCCGACGGAGAGCGGAGAGGAAGGACGUGAGAGAGGGGGAGAGAGAGAGAGAGAGAGAGAGUAGCUGCACGUAAACGGACCGCUUUGCAGCGCUAGGAGUUCACACGGUCGUUCCUCUCGGACCUGCAGCUCGUGUUUUUUUACACGCAGCAACAGAAACGACCCACGGUCUUCAAGUUUAAUGUUUUUAUUCAUGUUUUUUUAAUUCAGUGUGUUUUGAUCACUGCGCGUCUUAUUGGUCGCGUUUGGUUUGUUUGCGGAGGAAUGACCACAGAAGGGGUUGAGCUCUGACUUGGAAACUGCCUUAUCACUUUUCACCGGACCUCUGCUCUUGGACUGAGAGAUAAGCCUGUUUUCUGGGGGGUAAAGUUGGGUUUAUUUUAUUUCUUGUACCUCAUCAGGACAGUUUCCUCUGCACGUUUGAAUUGUGAGACUUUGAUUCACAGAAUGGAUUUUUCUAUCUUAAAAUUGUAUUGGGACUAAAAAAAAAAGAGGAGAAAAUACGGUGGCAGUGACUUUGGUACACAGAGACAGUUUUUUUCUUUUUUUUUGCAACAUCCACUUCGUUCAUUCCAGCGAUACGGGGCGCUUUCCAACCCUCAACCCCGGCUUCUGCUCCCGGGACGGGGGGCAGAGAGAGAGUGAGGGAUUUUGACUCCCAGACCCAGUCCGCCCAGAAAGAGGAUCUUUCUCCAGGAAAGAUGGAUUUAUCGCUGUGGCUCUGUGGAUGUUUACUGGCUCUGGUGUUGCCCUGUGCUGUGGACGCUCAAGAAGGAAACUCUGAGCCCUGCGGCGGCGUGCUGGACGCUAGCGACGCGGGCUACAUCACGACGCCAGGCUACCCCCUGGAGUACCCCCCCCACCAGAGCUGCCGGUGGGUCAUCACCGCCCCCGAGCCUUCACAGCGCAUCGUCCUCAACUUCAACCCCCACUUUGAGAUCGAGAAGCUGGACUGCAGGUACGACUACAUCGAGAUCCACGACGGGAACACGGAGACAGCUGACCUGCUGGGGAAGCACUGCAGCAACAUCGCCCCUGCACCAAUCAUAUCGUCCGGACCCUCCCUCCACAUCAAGUUUGUGUCGGACUACGCCCACCAAGGGGCAGGGUUCUCACUGCGCUACGAGAUCUACAAAACAGGUUCCGACUGCUCCCAGAACUUCACCAGUCCCACGGGCCUCAUCGAGUCCCCAGGGUUUCCUGACAAGUAUCCCCACAACCUUGAGUGCCACUUCAUCAUCAUCGUGCCCCCCGGCAUGGACGUCACACUCAGCUUCUUGACCUUUGACCUCGAGAAUGACCCUCUGCCCGGUGGAGAGGGCGAGUGCAAAUACGAUUGGCUGGAGGUGUGGGACGGGCUCCCUGGAGUGGGCCCUCUGAUUGGCCGGUACUGUGGUACACGGGUCCCGCCAGAGAUCCAGUCAUCCACAGGCGCCCUGUCACUGUCCUUCCACACCGACAUGGCCGUGGCUAAGGACGGCUUCUCUGCCCGCUACAACAUGACGCAUAAGGAAGUCAGCGACACAUUCCACUGCUCAAACCCCUUCGGUAUGGAGUCGGGGAGGAUCACCGAUGACCAGAUCACGGCGUCGUCCAGUUUCUAUGACGACCGCUGGCUCCCCCGUCAGGCACGUCUCAACAACGAGGACAACGGCUGGACGCCCGUCGAGGACAACAACAAGGAGUACAUCCAGGUGGACCUGCUGGUGCUGAAGGUGUUGACUGGCAUCGCCACGCAGGGAGCCGUUUCCAAGGAGACGCAGAAGACCUACUACGUCACCACCUUCAAGCUGGAGGUCAGCACCAACGGAGAGGACUGGAUGGUGUACAGACACGGCAAGAACCACAAGGUGUUCCAUGCCAACUCGGACCCGACGGAGGUGGUUCUGAACCGGAUCCCUCAGCCGGUGCUGGCUCGCUACGUCCGCAUCAGACCGCAGGCCUGGAAGAACGGCAUCGCCCUCCGCUUUGAGGUCUACGGCUGCCAGAUCACUGAUGCUCCGUGCUCAGAGCUCCAGGGCAUGCUGUCCGGGCUGCUGCCCGAGUCCCAGAUCUCUGCCUCUUCCAUGAGGGACCUCCACGGCUCCACGGGGGCAGCCCGGCUGGUGUCCAGCCGAUCGGGCUGGUUCCCCAGCCCCACGCACCCGGUAGCUGGGGAAGAGUGGCUGCAGGUGGACCUCGGGGUGCCGAAGACGGUGCGCGGGAUGAUUACCCAGGGUGCUCGGGGGCUGGAAGGCAGCACCAGCGCCGAGAACCGGGCAUUUGUCAGGAAGUACAAAGUAGCACACAGCUUGACGGGCAAAGAGUGGACAUACAUCACCGACAGCAAGACGGGCUACGCCAAGAUCUUUGAGGGGAACGGCCACUACGACACCCCGGAGGUGCGAAGGUUUGAGGAGCUGGCGGCCCAGUUCAUCAGGAUCUACCCAGAGAGGUGGUCCCCCGCUGGGAUCGGCAUGAGGAUGGAGGUCCUGGGCUGUGAACUACCAGAAACCACGACCAUACCUGACCCAACCACACCCACCCCACCAAGACCAGAAGAGACCACCGCUCCAAUGAGAUCCGUCACCACUCCCUCUCUGUCGAGUGUGUGUGACUUCGAGCAGAACCUGUGUGGCUGGUUACCUGACCCGAGGUCAGGGGUCACCUGGUCCCUGCGCACGGCCAGCGGAGCGCACGGCCAUGGUGGGCACGGCAACGUGGAGGCGGAGCUAGACAACUUCUCCGGUAACUACCUCCACGUGGACGCGGGGGCCCACACGCUGCGGCAGCGUGCCCGCCUGCUGAGCCCCGAGGUGGGGCCAGAGCUGGGCCCGCUCUGCCUGCUCUUCUACUACCAGCUCCAGGGGGAGGCCAUGGGGAGCCUGCGGGUGCUGCUGAGGGACAACGACGACGAGGAGACCCCCAUCUGGCAGCUGAAGGGGGAGCAGGGCCCCCACUGGAGGGAGGGACGCACCAUCCUGCCCCAGAGCCCCAGGGAGUACCAGGUGGUGUUUGAGGGCUUCUUCGAGCAUGGCACCAGAGGGCACAUCAGGAUAGAUAACGUCCAGAUGAGCAGCAGCAUGGACCAGGAGCAGUGCACACAGCCCUUCCCAGCCUUCCCUCCAGACAUGACUGAUCCAAGACCUAUUGACUUUGGAAAAGACACUGUUUUCAACCAGAAACCCCGCUUCAACGGAGGCUACGUCUUUCCGGGAUGGCCGCCCUCCUCUUCCACCCCGUCGUCGGCGGACCCGCCCUCGGUGACCCUGGUGUCGGAGAAGGACAAGGACAACGCCUGGCUGUACUCCCUGGACCCCAUCCUGCUCACCAUCAUCGUGAUGAGCUCCCUGGGCGUGGUGCUGGGCGCCGUGUGCGCCGGCAUGCUGCUCUACUGCACCUGCUCCUACAGCGGCCUGUCCUCCCGCUCCUCCACCACCCUGGAGAACUACAACUUUGAGCUGUACGACGGCAUCAAGCACAAGGUGAAGAUCAACCAGCAGAGGUGUUGCUCUGAGGCGUGAGCGGGCGGGCGGACAGAGCAGCCCCCCCCACCCCCACCCCACGGGGGUCUCAUGGUGAGGGCUGAGGGUGGAGGAGUGGAUGGUUGGACAAAGGACUGAUGAAGGGGGAGGAGGGCGUGGAUGAGGGAAACGUCCGACAUGUGUUUGCUACGUCUGCUCCUGUGAUUGUAAAGGAUGGGAGUCCUUUUUUGUGUACGCCUCAUGAUGGAACCGAAGCAGCACUACUUAGAUGAGUCUCAACGGCCACCUCAACCAACCCGCCCAAUUGCUGGCCCCUCACCCCGCAAGGCCCCGCUGGUUUUGAUGUCCGAAGGGGGAGAACUUUUGAAUGCCAACCUCCUCCUUCUCCUUUGCUGUUGAUGUCUGAUGGGGGGGAAAGACUUUGAGCUCUGUUAAACCCUGACCUUCUCAUGUGCCAAGUGUAUGGAGUCCCACCCCCUCCCCCUCCCCCCUUGCGCCUGCCCACCCUCACCUGCUUUUAGGCCUCAAUCGGGGUGGGGGAGAGUGACUGGAUGGAUUACCCCCUCUUGCCAACUCCCCAGCUCCUCCUCUGCCUGCAGGAGAGAGUCUGCUUGAUGAUUAAAGAAUAAAAAAGCCUGUGAAUGAAUGAAGGAAUGAAUAACAUGAAUGACAACUUGAACGACCAGCAUUGAAAUGCAAACCCACCGGCCAGCAGAAGUCGGUAAAAUUGUGACAAUCUGGGUGCUUGGACCUUGGGCUAACAUGCCAAUAGAGUUCUCCAGUAGAGUUCUCCAGUAGAGGUCUCCAGUUUAGUUCUCCAAUAGAGCUCUCUGAUAGAGGACUCUGACAUGGACUUUCUUGGAAAGAACUAAUGCUAGUAGUCCUCAUCCACUUGAAUUUCAACGUUUGCCAAUGAUGACGAGAAGAAAGAUUCAAAGGUCCACCUCAGACUGCAACGGAAGCCUUUGGUACUUCUCCCAAUGGACCUUUUAGUGUGGGUUCAUUCCAUUCAACUCCAUAUCAAACGAAUGCCUAUCCCCCUCGCUUAAACAUGUCAUGAUAAUGACAGUAACCACAACAUUUAUAACAACACAACUCAAACGAAUCCAGAUUUCUGAGAGUGAAAACCUGAUGAAAUGAUGAAACAUCGAUGUCUGUUUGUUUGUUGAAGGCAGUUAAUAAAUAUGAGUUCUAUCAGUUUGAAAAGCCGGGAGUACAUUAGCAUGUCGGUUAGCUUACUAGCGGUGCUCGCUCGCUACUUGUUCGGUCUGCGCUUCGUGAAAAACCAGUGGCAUAGAAGAGUGAUGGUGAUUGUUUGGUUGUUUUCUGUUUUGUUUUAGCAUUGUGUCUCUUUAAAAAAAUGAAAAUUUAAAAGACAAACCAGCUUCAGUUUUUGUAACCGCCCUGUAGGAUAUUUUUCGCCAUUUUUAGACAUACCUUUAUUUUUUAGUUGAGCACGAUCCAUUGUCACGUCAUUGCUCAUGGACGUCACUGUUUCUUGAUUUAUCUUCUUUUGUUUAACACAUUUUCUGUUAGAAACAAUCAGUUUAAAGAUAAAGUAGACGAGUAAAGGAAAUGAAAGACAGAAAUCUAUCGAAAUCUAACAUGCUGUUAUGAAGUCCUGCUUUAGAUCCAGUAUUCUAGAGUUUGUGUUUGAUAUAUAUAUAUAUAUACAUAUAUCUAUUUUUAUUUCUUGAUUUUUGACUGUAUGAGCGGCCGACAUUAUACAACACAUUGGUCAGAUACUGUGUGAACAAACUGCCAGUGAUUGUUUUAUCGCAACCUAUGGAUUGCCAAUGAGCUGAAACAGUGUUCAAGUUUCCUUUAGUGGUGGUGUUGGUGGAGUGACACCCACCCGACAACUCCCACCCCUUUCCACCCCCUGGUCCCUGAACAGGGGGCCGAUGGAGUUGGAGCAGGCCCCAGAAGCGGAGGUGUUUCUUUGGACGCACACACACAAGCGAGCCUUAAGCUGACCUACAGUACAACGCUGUAUCGGAUGAGAGCCAUGGUGAACAGCCAGUGCCGCUGGAGGAAGGCUACUAGGGCCUCCACUGACGGAGCAACACACAGACAGAAACACGGACACACACUGACACACAGACACACACUGAUGCAGCGGGAGUCACACAGACAGGCACGCAGACAGACGGGGCAGACUGAGAGAAGUUUGGAUCGGAAAGAGAGAGACGUAAAGGGAGAGUGAGACACGAACGGGUUGCGAGACACUCACAGAACAUAAACAGACCAGUAGGGCGAAAGGAAAAGCCAGUAUGCCCAUCAGUUAGAGAGAAAGAGACAGGAAAACAAACAGGUUAAAGCUAAGUAAACCCCGACCUGGGCUUAAUGAUUCACAUCCAGACAUGUUUUGUAAACUAUAAGGGAGAGUAGAUCUCCUUGUGUUGAUCUUUAAAACGAGAGGAGAUAAUGAAAGAUGAUGAUUAGCAUUAGAGUGAGAAAGAGGGGGGAUUGAAGACUGUACACAAUACAUUCAUAAUUCCCAUUCUCUCUGACUCUCUACCUCACUCUCACUCUCUCUCUCUCUCUCUCACUCUCUCCAUUCAAGGGCAUGUAACUCUAUAGGCGGCAGUUCUACUUUGGCCAAGUUAAAGGAUGGAAGGAUGGGAUUAUGAAGGGGCGUUGAAGGAUGGAGAGAGGGAUGGAGAGAGUGAGGGAGAGAUGGAGAACAUUGGGUUCAUCGUGCUAAGCUUUCAUUUGACUGUGGCAGACUGUUCUAUCCAAGUGCCUUGGAGCCACUUUCUCCUCUCCCCCACUCAACUUCUGAACUUUAUCUCUCUCUCCUCUCUCUCUCUUUCGCUCUCUCACAGUCUCUCUCCCUCUCUCCCGCUCUCUCUCAGUAUCUCUCUGCCUCUCUCUGCUCCUUCCCUUUUCCUCUAUUUCAUGAUCCACCAUUCCAUACAUUAACCUACGUUACACGCACACACAAACUCUCUCUCGCUCUCACUCUCUCGCUCUCUCUCUCUCGCUCACUCUCUCUAUCUCUCUUUCGCUCCGUCCCUCUCUCUCCUGCCUGGUGUGGCUGAUUCUCGCUUUCGUUUUUUGAUACCCAGAUAGUUUUAUCAGUUCUGUUCUGAUGGACGCACACACACAUUCAUGUACACCAUUCAUACCCACACACACACACACACACACACACACACACACACACACACACACACACACACACACACACACACACACACACACACACACACACACAAACACACAGAUGGGCGCUCCCAUACACCCCCAGCACUGGCUACAUCACUCAAACAGUUGUUUGUAGACUUUGUACAGAAAUAUUUCCUUUUUUAAUGUUAUUAUUAUUUAAUAAAGCUUAAAUGAAAUAAA